AUGGAUGGUAUAUUUGAUCGUCUUGGUAAAAAGAAGCAUAAACCCUACGAUGGGUCUAUUCCACCUAGAAAGUCUCCACCGCAGAAACAUCAUUCUUCUGUCAGAAGAGCUCUCAGUAUGAAGCCAAAAAUAAAGCAUGGUCUGCGCCAACAAUCUAUCGUGCCCAACCGUUCGUCGUUUGAAGCAGGUUCUGCGGAACAUCUAUUUGCUCGAGAACAAACCUUACCUUCUGAAGACAAUAUCAAUCUUUUGUUUGAUCAUAUGCUCGAGAGAAGAGGUAUUCAUGACCCCAAAAUUAAGUCAAAUAUGCAAAACUGGCGAGCGGAAAAGAAAUGGCUCAUGAUUAAUCAAGACCAUCAAGCUGAAUUAUUGGCUUCUGGUGUUAAACAAGACAAAUUACAACAAGCAGUUGCUGAGAAAGCAAACAUAGACAUGAGUCGAUUACCCAACACAAUGCAUCAUCCAGCUGCAUCUCGGUCCUCAACCACGCGACAACUCUCAUUUCACAGACCAGAAGGACCCAAACCAAUUAAAUCCAUAUCAUCACCUGUAAAUAACCAAAAUCCUGCACUUCAAAUCAACACAACUGUUUAUAACACAAACAAUAUAACCCUUAGUUUAAGCUCAUCAACAUCGACCAAGUCUCCGACACUCAAACGUUCAAAAAGUAUUACCAUGUCGCCCAUCAAAAGUAGUAACAGUAAUAGCACCAGCAAUAGACCUACAGACCAUUUCUUUGAUAUGUCUGCUAAUGACCAAAACUCACCCGAAUUCUUUGUCAAAAAAUUUCUGGAUCCCAACUUACGAUCAGUUACUACUAAAAUAGCUGCUAGUCUUGAAGUUAGUUUAAGAACAAGAUCCAUGGAUUGGGUGAUCAAGUUUAUUCACUUGAAAGGACUUCAUGUUCUAUGUCAUGCAUUGGAUUAUUUAAAUCAUAACAUUCAAGACAGAAGAGACGUAGCCUUGGAACUCGAAGUAGAAAUCAUCAAAUGUAUCAAGGCUAUUGUCAACACAAAAGCAGGAGGAAAAGAAGUGAUGGACCAUCCAGAAUACAUUCAUGCCGUUGUAUUCUCAAUCACUUGUCCUCAAUGGCAAACAAGGAAAAUGGUCUGCGAACUAUUGGCCUUCUUAUGUUACUUGGAUGGCUAUGAGCAUGUUGUACGUGGAUUUGAAUUGAUGAAGAAGUUUAGAAAGACAUUGGGCAUUUUUGACGCUUGGAUUCAAUUGCUUAUACGAACACUGACGGUUGAUAAAUUCAGAGGCAAUGAAGAGUUAGCAGAAAGUCAUCUUGUGGAAUACGCUCUUUCCAACAUGAUUCUCAUUAACGCAUUAACCAGUAUACCAUCCAACAUCAAUUACCGUAUCUAUUUGAGAAACCAGUUUAUUGCUGCAGGUUUACAAACACACCUGCUGCCUAAACUUGAAGCACUCGAUUACAACUUACUGAAUAUCCAAACUGAAUCUUACAAAGAUGCUGCAGACACAGACAUGGAAGAUGCCUUUGGAGAUGAAAUGGCUCAGUAUUCAACAGAAUAUGCUCAACCUUCUCAAUUGUUUGAUAAACUAAUUGAAAAUGUAUCAGAUACUCCCAAAGGAACUGAUUAUUUUUUCUCUAUCAUGAAGUACUUGUUGUGGAUUAAAGGUGAUGCAGAAACAAAGCAAAUUGUGACAGACAGAGCGCAACACAGCAACAAAGCUGAUUUUACAGACAUGUUUGGCAUGCCUGUAGGUGCUGUUAUUCAAAACUUUAUGGAUUUGAAUCGAUUGAGAGGCAAAGACAUUGAAGCAAAUGAACUGAGAGAACAAUACGAAAAGCUCAUAGCAGAAAAAGACCAACUCGAAAGUGAAGUACAAAAACUUCGCAUUAUACCCAGUCAGAUGGAAAAUGAAGCUCAAAAGCAACGUAUUAUAGAGCUUAAAAAUGAAAACAGUUCAUUACGACAAGUACUCAAGACAUCAAAGGAGACAAUCACAUCACUUCAGGAACGAUUAGCUGUUUAUGAAAACGAAGAAAAGAGAAGGUUGAGUAGUGAUAGUGGUCGUGCUGCAUUGGAGUCCAUGCGAUUUAACAAGAAGAAAAGAGAGAGACUUUCUUUAGAUGAAAAGCGCACAACUUGGUUUUCAGACAACACAGUACAGAAUAACACUUCCGCCACUUCACAUGGUUUCUCAUUUGGUGAUCUCUUGUUUCCUUUCUUUGGUAGAAGUCGACUCAAAAAGAAAAGACCUAUCAGUGAUUCGCUCUCAAGAACGGAAGAUCAACAUCUUUCUUUGAUCAAUCAGGACUCUGGCAUUUCUUCAUCAAAUGAAAACAUGGAAGGUAAUCAUUCUUUAGGCAAAAAUGUCUCUCGGAGUAACGAAAUCGUUUCUUCAUCGGUUCCUACUGCUUCUCCACCAGCUCCCCCUCCUCUUCCUCCGCCACCACCUCCGCCACCACCACCUCCUCCACCUGCAGCUCCACCUGCUCCACCCAUGCCUGGAGCUGGUUCUUCAAUACCACUUCCACCACCCCCUCCUCCUCCACUUCCAGCAGGCACUUCCUCUUCUUCUUCGAUCCCCAGUGCCUCUUCACCACCUCAGCAACUUCCUUCAGCUUCUUCUCUUGUUUCUUUCUCUACACCUAUUAUUUCCACUCGUAAGGAACUGCAUCAUUAUCCACAAGUGAAGCUCAAAAAUCUACAAUGGCAAAAACUGGAUGCCAAACUGACAGAACAGACCAUUUGGGACAUGAAAGAGAACGAACACGAUACCAUGGAACAGUUACUGAACGAAAAGGGUGCUUUUGAGAAGCUAGAGACCAUGUUUCCUGCCAAGGUGAAUACCUUUUUAGAAAAGAAACAACUCAAAGUCGUCGAUGCUAAAAAGAACGACACGGUUGUACGAUUCUUGACCAAAGAGAAAAACAAGAAUAUAAAUAUUGCUAUUUUGCCUAAAAUCAAGCAUUUUGGUUCCUAUAAACAAGUUGCUCAACAUAUCAUGAUGGUGGACGACAAAUUGUGCACUGAAAUAUUUUUGAUCAAUCUCAUUACUUACUUGCCUACACGGGAUGAUGAUAUGGUGUUAAUGCAAAAGUAUGUGGAUGGACCUGAAGAAGAAUGCCAAAAGUUAGAUCUACCUGAGCAAUUCAUUGUCGAGAUGAUGCGAAUGUACAGGUGUGAAAGCAGACUCAAAUAUAUGCUUUUUAGGGUUCAGUUUUGGGAUAAAUUCGAACAACUCAGAAAGAGUCUGUCUGUUGUAUUGUCAGCGUCUGAUUCUUUGCGCCAUUCUAGAGCCUUCAAAGACUUGCUGUUAGUUAUUUUGUUACUCGGUAACUAUAUGAAUGCAUCCAGUGUUCAAGGCGGUGCAUUUGGUAUGAAGAUUGGCAGUAUCAAUAAGCUUAUGGAUACGAAAGCCUCAGAAGAUUCAAAACUUACCUUGCUACAUGUUCUUAUUGGUUUUGUAAGAAGAGAAAUGCCUUCUACUUUACAUUUUAUAGACGAUCUGAAAGAUAUUUCUGAGGCUACAAGAGUCAUGGCCAGUAUUACAGACAUUAUUCAACAAUAUACAGACUUGCGCCAAGGACUGAAACAGUUGAAUAUUGAACUAGACAGAUUCUGGAGACCAAAAACAGAUGAUAUCAAGGAAGAAGGCGAAGAGAACAACGAUGGAGAAAAAGAUCGAUUUUUGUCCGUGAUGGAAGAAUAUCAAUCCUCAGCCGUGGGCCGCUUUGAAGAAUUAGAAGCACUCUAUGUCAACGUCGAUGUCAAAUGGAAAGAAGUCAUGACAUUUUAUGGAGAUAAUCCACGUACGAAGCGCCCUGAUGAAUUUUUUGGUGUGAUUGCUCAAUUCCUACAAAAUUGGAAAAUUGCGGCAGCAGAAGAACUCAACUACACAAAACAAAAAGAACUUGAAGAGAAACGGUUGAGAGAAACGGAAGAGAAGAGACGAAAAGCGAUGAUGGCCAGUAAACGUAGUAGUGGAAGCGAUACACUCUCUUCAUUAUCUGAAGACGACCAUGAAGAUCGACGUCUUAUGGACGAUUUGUUGGAAAAACUUCGUUCUGGUGAGACCGAGAAGAAACUAAGACAGCGCCGUGUUCGUCAACGUCUAAGAAGUUUAAGAAACGAAGAAACAUUACAGAAAUCAGAGAAGCGAUCUUCUAACACUAAACCACUGCCGACUCGACUUGACCGGUCAGUAAGUAUAUCUUCCACAGCGUCCUCAGGACAUAUGCUGGUCAUUUCUGCGGAAGAUUUACUGAGAAGCCUACAACAAGAAGAUGAAUAG